AUGAUUUUUGGAGAAACUGAAGAAUGCAUAUGGAAUCUAAAAUCAUAUUAUGGGAAAUCAAGGCAAAACAUUACGCAGGCUUUCAAUUCGGCUAUCCGCGCUUACACAUUAGAAGAAUUUGAAUACAACAUGCAACAAUUGGACGCAAUGAAUGAUAAGAUUCGUGAUUACCUGGAUGAAGUAGGCCCUGAAAAGUGGUCACGAAUACAUAUGCCGGCAAACAGAUACUCUACAAUAACAUCAAACAUUGUAGAAUCAGUAAACGCGGUCACAAAGGUAUCUCAUUCCAACCAAACAGUGUUCUUCGUGAGCGAUGAAAGGUCCACAUUUGUUGUUGACAUUGAACAACGUACAUGCACUUGCAGGAUGCUGCAGGUCGAUCUGAUGCCUUGUCCACAUGCAUUGGCUGUAAUCGCACAUACGAAAAAGGAUGCAUAUUCUUACUGUUCUUAUUAUUACACAAAGGAUGCAUAUGUAAAUGCUUAUGAAAGUUCAGUGUAUCCUGUUGGAAAUCCAGACGAAUGGAGAGUGUCCGAUGAAGUAGAAUUCCAAAUUAUUUUAGCUUCUAACCAAAAGCGGAGUUCUGGAAGACCUACUGAGAAGCGGAAGAGAUCAUCUAGGGAAGGGAAACCAAAAGUAAGAUGUGGACGUUGUGGUGCACAUGGUCACAACCCAUUGCAAAAUAAGUCUUAUACCAAAAGCACAACUGUGUAUCCAAGCAACAACAUAUUACCAACUGAAUGUUGGGGCACCCAUGUAUUGCAAAAGUAUAUUCACAUCCACAUGACAGUAUUGAGUACAAACACCUCUAUUGCUUGA